AUGACUCUCGACGUGAUUGGGGUCGCAGCGUUUGGCUUCGAUUUCCAGUCGCUCCUCGACAAGAAUGCCGAAGAGAUCCAAGCGUACAACGACAUUAACCUCACGCCGAGCUUUGUUGGCAUCGUCGGUUUCGUCUUUCUGCCGUUCUACGAGUACUUGCCAUUGGCGUCCAACCAGCGUCGUGCCGAAGCGCAGGCGGGUAGUGAUGCACCCAAGGACGUACUGGACCUCCUCCUCGAGCACGCGUCAGACAUGUCGAUGACGACGAACUAUACGCUGGGCUGGAUCGUCUCAUUCGUGGCGCAGCACCCAGAAGUGGCUGCCAAGGUCCACGAAGAGUGCUUGCGCGUGCGCUGCGAUGACAGCGAUACGGGGCCGACGUGGGACCAACUCGGUCAUCUCCCAUACCUCUCGGCCGUCAUUCACGAGUCCAUGCGCUUGCGUCCGACUGUGCCGGAGUUGCCGUCCCGCCUCGCCCUUGAAGCCGACAUGGUUCCACUGACUAAUGGAUCGUACGUAGCGGUUCCCAAGGGCGCCAACAUCUUUCUCGACAUUAUUGCCAUCCAGCGUAACCCGACGUACUGGAGCCAACCCAAUACGUUUCUUCCAGAGCGCUUCAUUGAAGGCACGGAUGUGUACGAAGCCGACUUGGCGCUCCGAGGCGGCAAGCCGAACACGUUUUGCUACUUUCCGUUCGGCUUGGGCGACAAGAGCUGCAUCGGAAAUCGCUUUUCCAUGGCCGAGAUGCUUGUCGUGCUCUCGGCCCUCUUCGCGAAAUACCACGUGGCGCUGACGCCAGCAGCCAACGUGAACGUGCGCAAGCACACGGGGACAAUCGCGCCAAUUCACCUCGAGGUGCAGCUCUCACCGAUCGGCACGAAAUACAUGUAG